AUGAGCUCGAGAAGCGUGAUCAUUGACAAUGCGGACGCCCAAAUCCAGUACUCUCCUGGUUGGCGGGCAAGUGGAUCCCCCAACGAGUACAAACGCACGACUAGCAACACUGAGACACGUGGAGCAUCCUUCACGUUCAAAUUCGUCGGGACCUCCGUAGCGGUCUAUGGCACCUUGGAUAGCGUCACACUUCCCAACACUACCUACGUGUUAGACGGCGGCAAUCCUUUUUCCUUCUUCGGGAAACCUCAACCACGAAUCCAAUAUCAGCAAGUGUUCUACACAAGCCCCGCCCUGCCGUAUGCCGAGCAUACGCUUGUUGGAUCCUGCGCAGAUGAGGGUGGUCGAGUGAUUCUGGAUUACCUAUUGAUCGAGAUACCGCUCGAAUUACCGACAAGCACCAGUUUGCCAACCCCAACUUCGGCAGUGCCUGUAACCGUUGACUCGAAGCCGACACCGCCAACCACUGCGAUCGUCGGUGGUGUUCUCGGGGGGCUGCUGCUCUUGAUGACUAUUCUGGCCUCGUACUUGUGGUACCGCCAGUCCCGGGGCACCAGUGGGAAGACUUCUUCCGUGGACGCCGAAUCCGACCCACAGAUUCGGCCAUUGGCCGCACCUCCUGCCUCCACUUUCUAUCCUAUGGCCUCCACUUUACACCCUAUGGCCUCUACUUCGUAUCUUACACAUGAUGCUGAAAGUUCCUAUCAGGAUUCCGAAGCACCCCUCCGCAGUGACGUUAUGUCGACCACCGAACGACAGAAGUCAUCCCAGCAUGUAUCUUUGCAGUGGAACCAAUCGUCGUCACAACAACCGCCCUCCUACUCUAUGUAG